CUUCCUUGAGUUUUUGUUUGUUGUUCGACAUACUUUAAUCGCAAUAUGAGUGUUUUAUUACGUAACAAAUUUACUACGUAUGCUCGAUAACUAUGAUUAAAGCAGUAUUUUGCACAAAUUAAAUCUAACAUGGAUAACUUUUUAUCGAGUUGUAAAUAAAAUAAAUAAAAAUAGUCAUACAUUGUUAAAAAUGUUGUUUAUUUUGAAAAUUAUCUUUUUUGUUUGUUUUUGCAACUAUAGCGUUGGAUUGAGGUCAAAUGAAAUCGACAGAAGGCCUCAUCCGAGCCCGACACCGUACCACGAUUGGGAUUACCUAGUAUUCUCCCAGCGAUGGUCGAUAACGUCGUGCGUAGACUGGAAAAACAAAAACUCCAAUCACACUUGCAAUCUACCAACCGUGAACGAUAAAUGGAUUAUUCACGGUAUCUGGCCAACGAAACGAGGCACCGAAGGCCCCGUGUUCUGCCCUUCUGCCGUCCAUUUCGACCCCACGUUAUUGCAACCGUUUCUAAACGACCUCGAUGAGCAAUGGACAAACGUGGAAGCCGGAACGAAGGAAUAUUCGUUUUGGUCGCAUGAAUGGGACAAGCAUGGAACAUGCUCGAUCGAUUUGCCUCAGCUGAAUAGCAUUCCCAAUUUCUUCAUGAAAGGCUUAGAACUGAACAAGAAAUACAAUCUCUUGGAAUACUUAAGCACCAGUAAAAUCACUCCGGGCAAGUUGGGCUACACCGUUCAGCAAAUAGAGGAGGCCAUUAAAUCCGCGACGAAUCACGAGCCCAAAAUCGAAUGCAUCGUCGAUUCGCACACGAAAGAGCCCCUAAUUAGCGAGAUACAAAUUUGCCUGGACAAAUCGUUCGAAGUGAUUGAUUGCGAAAGAGGCCGCGACAAUUCGACGAUAAUAAGCGAUUGUAGCCUAAAGAAGUCAAUUAUGUACCUAGAUACCGUUUCCGAAAACGAAAUUUACUAUCAGAUGGAUUAUUCCAACGACAAUACCGAUGAUGCGGACAAUUCCGCUUCGCUAUACGAGCUGUACAAAUUCAUAAAAUUACUCAUUAGGUUCUCGUUGUAAUGAAAACAAUUAUGUGAUAACUCUAGUUGAAAUAAUUUAACUAAAAAGGGCAAAAAAGUACUAAAAUUAAGAACAUAUUAUUUAUUAUAUACAUUUUAAUGUACAAUAACUCCAACAGCCGCCCUAGCCUAUAUACUUAUCGUAAAAAUAAAAAUCUACUAUAAUUUUUCUUCCGUUUCUUCUCCGUUUUCUUCCGCAAUGAAGGAAGUUUCUUUGGACACGGAAAUGUCCAGUUUUGGCGUUUCUUUGGGUGGCUCAUUGGACGUAGAAGGUUCCGGCUCGUUUGCAAUUUUCGGCGUUUGCGGUCUAACGCAAACAGAAUUAACACAAUAAUUAUUCAUAAUUACAAUUAAUUACCUCGGCAGAAUCGUGAUCUUCGGCGCCAUGUCGAUAAUAGACUGCGGCGCUUUUUUAAUCAACUCCAAAGGUAUCUCCUCCGAUCGAGGCCUGGGCAUUCUAGGCGAACCCUCUCUCGAUUUAACGCGCUCUUUAGACCUGGUCUCUUUCCUACCGCUAUCUCUCCGCGCGUUCGGCGCUCUAUUAGGGCUCUCGCCGUCUCUGAGGCGCCUCAUCGACUCGUCAGCGCGAUGGACUACGCCGGGGGAACUUUCCCUUCUAGGAGCAGCAAAUCCUACUCGAAAAAAAUCACGAUUUAAUUACCGUACGUUAACGAGCGUCGCCUCACCUGGUCCUCGGUUGAUGUUGAACAGAAACCUGUUUUCAGCUCGAGCCGUCGGUCGCGCCGAACGGCUGUAAGAAGCCCCUUGACCGGCGAACGCCGGACUCGGCGGCCCCGAUUGACCGGGGAUCUCCAGCAGCCGCGCGAUGUGCUGCAUCUUCUUCUGUCGGGCCUUUAUUCGCCCCUUGGUCAACCUUUGCUUGGCCGCCAUGCAUCUGAUGUUAUCGUCGAAGACGAAUUUGGCGUUCAGUAAGGGCACUCGGUUCGAGCUGGCGCCCGAUAUGGGCCGGUGGAUGGUGAUGUGCAAACACCGCGAGUCGUCCUUGUCGCCGGUCACUUCGAUGUCCUGCAGGAACCCCACCAGCUUGGCGACGCCCCAGCCCAGCCGCUUGGAGUCCGGCUCGACCAGGAUCAGCUGGAGUAUGUCUAUGACGAGGAACCGGCGCAUCUUCGCGCCGUCCUUGUACACCACCGUGCAGGCUAUCAGGUCCGAAUUGUCUGGAAAAGGACGCAAUUUCAUCAGGGGUUGGCUUCGGUUUGGGAGCCACAGGACCCAAUCAAUCACUAGUGCAUCUUUUUGUACACCGUUACAAGCCAUGCAUGAUUCGAGACAUUAAAACGAGCAAAAUGCAAACGAACAAAUAUAAUGAGACGGUACAAAGGACACACAACAAAAACUCGCAUCUACCACCGACAAAAAAAGAGCUAGUGAUUGCUUGAAUCGCGUGACUGUGACACACAACGCGUUAUACUCAGGUCCAGGGCUUGGUCGAUUUGCACGCAGCUCUGCGGGUUCGUCAGCGGCAAUUGCGUUUCGACUUCUCCGUUUAGAGUUAGCACCAAGUUUCGCACUAAGAAAUAUACCCUGAUUGCUCUUCGCGCGCGUUCC